AUAUCUUCGGUGGCUUUCCUUUGACUUAACAUAAAAUAUUCAUGGUUUGGGCCCUAUUUACCUCUCUGAUCUUAUUUUCUAUUACUCUCUCUGACUCAUUAUGUUCUAGACAUGUUUGUAAUUUUUGUUCCACAAACACACCAACUUUAUUCCUGCUUUAAAGCUUUCUAUUAGUGGUCUUUUUUUCUUGGAAAGCUCUUACCCCAUAUCUUGGUUAGCUUAUUAAUGUCAUUUCAAGUCUCAGAGCAGAUGUUACCAACACAGAAGCCUUCCAUCAUCUACAAAUCUAAACGGGUUCCUCCCGCAAUGUAGUCGUGCUCUUAUUACUCCACUUUGUUUAAUUUUUAUAAAAACACUGUGGAACCCUUAUUUACUUCAUAUGUUCUUAUUUUCUUAUUUGUCUAUUCUUAUUUGUGUAUUCUCUAUCUACCAUUUGCUAGAAUGUAAGCUCUGAGAGAAUAGAAACCUUAUUUUUCUUGCUCAUUGCCAUCUCUCUAGUACCUAGAAUAGUGUCUCUUACACAUUUUUCAAUAAAUAUCUGGUAACUGAAUUGUUGAAUGUUUGAUCUCAGAUCAAAUAUAUCUUAAAUGGAGGUUAAAAUCUAGCUUCUACCAGAAAUGGACAAAACUACAUUUAUGGCUGUUUCUUCAUUUUCUGGUUUUAAAAGUCAACUGGUUAAUUUCCAUAAUUUUUGGAAAAAGUUUGUUUUUAAAAGAUGGAAUAGAUUUUCAGCUGCCAUUCUCAAGCACUGCUCUGUAAGUAACGUGCUGUGAUAUGGAUAGAUUUAUACCCAGAUGAAAAUCAGGUGGUCUUACUAGUAGUUAUUCUCACUAUCUUGUUUUUAAUUUUUUAUUUCUUUUUCACUAUCUUCACUAUUUUUUUAAAUUGGCUUCUGAAAUACUGGAGACACCUUUAGAUGCUAUAAAAUAAUUUUGAUCAUGUGGUUGGAGUACAUUUUAUGGAGCUAACAGAGAUAUCUUGAGUAUUUUUCCCCAAGUAAUAAAAUACUGAUGCAACUACUGUGACAAGUUGGGUUUCCAGUAAUUAUCUGCAGGAUUCGCCAUGACCCCAGCUCUAAGGGAGGCAGCAACAAAGGGUAUCUGCUUUUCAUCUUUACCAAGUACCAUGGAGUCUGACAAGAUGCUAUGCAUGGAAAGUCCAAGAACUGUAGAUGAAAAGCUGAAGGGAGACACUUUCUCUCAGAUGCUGGGAUUUCCAACUCCUGAACCUACUCUUAACACUAAUUUUGUGAAUUUAAAACAUUUUGGCUCCCCUCAGUCUUCAAAACAUUAUCAGACAGUUCUUUUAAUGAGUUCUAAUGCUACAUUAAAUAAAUACAAUGAAAAUUAUAAACAAAAGAAAUUAGGGGAACCCAACUGCAAUAAAUUGAAAAACAUACUAUGUAAUGGCAGCAACAUUCAGCUCAGUAAAAUCUGUCAUUCUCAUUCUGAAGAAUUCAUCAAAAAGGAACCUCUGUCAGAUACUACAAGUCAGUGCACAACAGAUGUACAAAUUAUUUUGGAUUCAAAUACAACCAAAGACACUAAUGUAGAAAAAGUGCAACUGAAAAACUGUAAGUGGUACCAAAAGAAAGCACUUUUGGAUAAAGUUAGUGAUGCUGAGGUUAAAAAGGGUUUACUGCACUGUGCUCAAAACAAAAUUGGGCGUGGCUGCUCAAAUGUGCCUGUUAGUUCCUCAGCUGCUGAAAAGGAGGAGGAAGUGAAUGCUCGUUUACUCCACUGUGUAAGCAAACAGAAAAUUUUACUUAGCCAGGCUAGAAGAACCCAGAAACAUUUGCAGAUGCUCCUGGCAAAGCAUGUUGUUAAGCACUAUGGUCAGCAAAUGAAAUUUUCUAUGAAACAUCAACUCCCCAAAAUGAAGAUUUUUCAUGAACCUACCACAAUUUUGGAUAACACUUUAUCUAAAUGCACUGAAAUUAAGCCAGAUGUCAACAUAUUGACUUCAGAGAAUAAAUUGUGGAAUGAUACAAAAAAUGGCUUUGCACGGUGUACAGCUGCAGAAAUCCAAAGAUUUGCACUGUCUGCUACAGGGCUGUUGUCUCAUGUUGAAGAGGGUCUGGAUUCUGAUGCAACUGAUAGCAGCUCUGAUGACGAUUUGGAUGAAUAUACCAUUAGAAAAAAUGUGGCAGUUAACUGUAGUACUGAAUGGAAGUGGCUUGUAGACAGAGCAAGAGUUGGCAGCCGAUGGACAUGGCUUCAAGCCCAGAUUUCAGAGCUAGAAUACAAAAUCCAACAACUAACGGAUGUUCACAGGCAGAUUCGUGCCUCCAAGGGGAUAGUGGUCCUAGAAGAAUGUCAACUUCCAAAAGACAUUUUGAAAAAACAAAUACAAUUUGCAGACCAAGCAGCUUCAUUAAACACUACAGGGAACCCCCAGAUUUCUCAAGAGAGUCAAGAUCCUUUACCAGAACAAGAUUUUGAAAUGUCACCAAGCAGCCCUACACUACUUCUUCGCAAUAUAGAAAAACAGAGUGCACAGUUGACUGAGAUCAUCAACAGUUUGAUCGCCCCUCUCAACUUGUCCCCAACUUCAUCACCCCUCUCCUCUAAAUCGUGCAGCCAUAAAUGUCUGGCUAAUGGCGUUUCCAGGAGUGCUUCAGAGAAUUUAGAUGAGUUCUCCUCCUCCAGUAGCUGGUUACUUAACCAGAAGCACAGUAAGAAAAGGAGAAAAGACAGGACAAGAUUGAAAUCUCCAUCCUUGACUAUCAUGAGUACAGCAGCUCGAACAAGGCCACUUCAGAGUUUCCACAAACGAAAACUCUACAGACUGAGCCCUGCUUUUUAUUGGACUCCUCAGACUUUGCCUUCAAAAGAAACAAGGUUUUUAAAUACUACACAAAUGCCUUGCCUGCAAUCAGCUUCAACUUGGAGUAGCUGUGAGCACAAUUCAAAGUCUCAAAUAUUGAGAGAACAUGUAUCAGAGUUAGAUUCUUCUUUCCAUUCUGUUCUGUCAUUGCCGUCAGAUGUGCCUCUUCAUUUUCACUUUGAAACAUUGUUUAAAAAGACUGAAAUAAAAGGAGAUCUUGCUGAAAAUAAAUUUGUAGGAGACUGUAUCAUAUCUCCAUCACCUGUCCAUAAUACUUCUCUGAAUCAAUGGAGAAAUGGAUUUUCUCCUACAUGCAAGCCUCAAAUAAGGUCGGACUCUUCUGCACAGCUGUUACAGGGAAGAAAGAAAAGACACUUGAGUGAAACAGCACUAGGAGAAAGAACUAGAUUUGAAGAAUAUGCUUUUCAACGCACAGAACCAGGAUCUCAUAGCAAUUUUACUGCAGUUACUAAUGUCAAUGUACUAUCAAGAACCCAGAAUUCAUCAUCACAAAAUACUGCACGGAGGAGAUUGCGAAGCGAGAGCUCUUAUGACAUAGAUAAUAUUGUAAUUCCCAUGUCAUUAGUGGCCCCAGCUAAGUUAGAGAAACUCCAAUAUAAGGAAAUACUCACUCCAAGUUGGCGGAUGGUUGUUCUUCAGCCUUUGGAUGAAUAUAACUUAGGUGAAGAGAUAGAAGAUCUCUCUGAUGAAGUUUUCUCCCUAAGACACAAAAAAUAUGAAGAGAGAGAGCAAGCCAGAUGGUCACUGUGGGAGCAAAGCAAAUGGCACAGAAGAAACAGCAGAGCUUACAGUAAAAAUGUUGAAGGACAAGACUUGCUUUUGAAAGAAUACCCUAAUGACUUCAGUGGUGGGCAGCACUGUGCUGCCGGGAGUCCCGUCGAGCCUCCGCCGUCAGAGAGCCAGGAGCCGAGUGCGCAUGGCUCCCCCUCACUAAAUGAAAGUCAAGAAAUCAAGUCUUUGUGGUGGGAACGACGGGCUUUUCCACUGAAGGAUGAAGACACACAAGCCUUAUUAUGCCAAGAUGAAAAAAACGAUCAGAUUGAAAGAUCAAGCCCAGCUUUCCAUGGUGUAGCCUUUUGUACUAGUGCAGCAGAGAAUGGCCACCAUCCGAAAAGGCAGGCGGAUGGGAUGGAAGUGUACAAAACCUUUGGUCUAGGACUUACUCAUGUUAAAAAAAAUAGGUGACAGGGAACAGGUUAAGAAAACUAUGUAACUGAAUGGAAAACAGGAGAAAAAAAUGAGCCCUGUUCUUCACCCUCCACCCCACCACAGCCACAAUUCCAGAGUAAGAGCAUGUAGUGCAUGUAUUAGCUUUUAUGCUGUCCGUGAAACAGGCAAGUUAUGUCUCAUUUUCCUUCUUGAACCAUAGGACUAUCUAGCUUCUCACCCACAGACAAGUGCUAGUCAUUUGUGUUUAUGAUACAAAUCACAAGCACCAAAAAAUUAACUGCUGCAAUUUGUUAUCAGAUCACAUUACUGGGUAAAUAAUACUUUUUAAACGACCUUAUACCCACACAUACACACAUCCCUGUGCAUCACUAACAGAUCUUUUUUCUAUACACAUGGUAAUUCUUUAAACUGACUCAGAAGUAUAUUAAGAAUAUACAAAUGCAUGUGUAUAGACUAUACAUGCAUACAUAUACACACAUAUGUAGUUUUAAAAAACACUGGCAGUGACCACUCUACUUGAAAAUGCAUGUAUGAACUACCCCAUGAAAUAUAAAAUGCACUAUAAAUAAGGAAGCACAGGUUUCCAAUGGUAAUGGACAUCUAAAAGUCUUGACUAAGGAAAAGAAUUCUUUAAAAAAAAAAAUGUUUAACCAAUAGAAGUUAUUUAUGGAAAUUUCUUUACCAAAUAACAAAUCUGAAAUCACUGAUACCUAUUGGAUUAAACAUAAGUUAUUUUCUAUUCACUCCUAACAGAAUAAGACAAGCAAAGUAGAGUUAAAUAUUGGUGUAUUUUAAAUACUAUCAUAUCUUUUAAAACUCACCUUGAGUUUAUCUAUUUUCUGUAUCUCAUGAAGAGAAGACACCAACUUAAAAUAAGCAACAAACAGGAAAUUCCUGUUAGUUAGUAUACUGUUGUACUUCUAGUUAAUUUGGUCAUUCCUUACCAUAGUUUAUCCAAAUAAGCAUCUAUUCUUACUUGUAUCCUAGAAAGAGGAUUAAAAUUUUUAAGAGGAUAAUGCUUCAAUACUGGAUAUUGGAGUAUGCAUUAAGUAAAAUUCCUUUUGAAGCUAUUACAUCAUUUUUUCUAUGUAAAAGUUGAGGACAAUUUAUAUGAAUUGCUUUUGCUCAUGUAAUUAAUAAAAGGUUAUUCAAGUUGUAGUACCCAUAUAACUGACAAUCCUAGCCAUUUGGCCAAAUCUGGGGUAUUUGACACCAAGUUUUUGUUAGGGAUUAGAAAUUAUAUUGGUCCCUGUAAAGAAGAAAAAGAAUUUCCGGUUCAAUACUGACAAAUUUUUGCUUGUAGUUUUACUGUACAUUUAUUUUUUAAAAAAGAAAACAAAAGCCAGAACAGAUCCAAGUUGUCCAGGCAAAAAAACUCAAAUCUUUUUGUCAUGUCUGAUAUUAUAAUCGUCUAUGUAAGUUUUUUAAUUAAAGUUAUUUCUAUA